AUGACUUCGGAUCUCGCCGUAAGCAAGGAGGGACUCUCCAUUCCCCUCAUCGACUUCUCUCUCUUCCUCAAAGGAUCCCCCUCGGAACGCAAAGACACAGCCAAGGCCAUCCUCCAUGGCUUCCAGACUGCUGGUUUCAUCUACCUCAAGAAUCACCAUGUGCCAGCUGAAAGUCUGCAGCGUGCCUAUUCCCUAUCCGCUAAAUUCUUCAAUCAGCCAACCGAGAAGAAGCUGAAGCUGAACUGGACGACACCGGAAGCCAACCGAGGAUACUCGUCUCCCGGCCGCGAAAAGGUCUCCCAGCUCAAGGACAUUCGCGAGGUGGACAAGAUCCGCAACGCAGCCCCCGACCUCAAGGAGAGCUACGAGAUUGGACGAGAUGAUGAGCCUGGACACCCGAACCAGUGGCCUCAAGAGGAGGGCGACAUUGUCGGUUUCCGCAGUGACAUGCUCGAGUUUUAUCACCAGUGCAAGAGGCUCCACGUCGAGGUGAUGAGAGCCAUUGCCGUGGGCAUGGGUCUCGACGAAUCGUUCUUUGACGGGUUUACUGAUGUCGGCGACAACACUCUACGACUGCUUCACUAUCCUGCUGUGGAGGCUGAUGUUUUCAAGAUGAACCCGCUGACUGUGCGAGCUGGCGAGCACAGUGACUACGGUUCCAUCACUCUGCUUUUCCAAGACAACCGUGGCGGACUUCAAGUCAAGAGCCCAACAGGGCAGUUUGUCGAUGCCACGCCCAUUGAAGGAACUGUUGUCGUCAACGCUGGCGAUCUCCUCUCACGCUGGAGCAAUGACACUAUUAAGAGCACCAUCCACAGGGUCGUAGAGCCGCCGCGGAAGGAGUCUGACUCUUACCCGCCACGGUACAGCAUUGCUUACUUUUGCAACCCUAACUUUGAGAGCUACAUUGAGGCUCUUCCUGGUACUUUUGCGACUGAGCAGGAUAAGAAGCAUGAGGGAAUCAAGAGCGGUGAUUAUCUGGUACAGAGGCUCACUGCGACUUAUUAA